AUGCACGCGAGGGGCGGGGCGCCGCGUGGUGCUGGCGCGGGCCGGUGCGCCGGUGCGCGGCCGCGCGUGGGCCGGGUGGUCGGGGGAGGGCGCGUGCGGGGGGUACCUGUGCUCGGCAGGCGCGUAGUCGGGGGAGCGGAGGCGUGCGUUGCGAGAAAUUGCGUAUCGAAGCGCUGCGGGAGCCAGACUGGAUCUGUCGAGUGCGCCGCGCACAGAAAUGCAUGUCUGUGUUCAGGUGGCGGAGCGGGGAGGUCAGGUAGUGGUGGUGGGCGGGCGACAGGUGGGAGCGGGCGCGGGCCGCUCCACAGUGGGGGUCGGACGGGGGUAGGCGCAGGCUCGCCGACGGGACUGGGAGGGCCCGGGUUGCCGCUCCGCGGGCGCCGGCGGUGCGGUGCGGUGCCCGCGCCCGAGCCCCGGGGUCCGGCUGAGACAUGGGAGAGCGAGGACGACGACGAAGGGCCGGAAGAGGCGGAGGGGACGGACGGGUGGGCCAGGAUGGAGGAGGCCGAGAGCAACGGCAGCAACGGGAACGGCGUGUACGAGCCCUCCGAGGCGCGGCACCGGCAGAGGCCCGAGAGCUCCGCGGAAGCUUUCCGCGACUUGGCGCUGUGGGUCGCGGGGGGCCUCGGGGACCUCCGGCGCCGCGACCGCAAGGGGGCGGACCAACACACGUCGAGGACGGCGCGGGUGAAGCCGCCCCCGCGCGGGGAGAGGAUCGUGGUGUCGCUCGCCGCGCUGAUCGAGAUCGCCUGGACGCCGCUGCAGCUCCUGGGCAGCGUGACGUUCCUCGUGCUGUACGUGCAGAGCACGUACGCGCCGGCGCCGCCCUUCGGCUGGCGGCACCUCACCGAGGUGUUCCUCUGCGUGAUCUUCGCGAUGGACGCCUUCCUCCGCCUCGGCAUCUCCCGCAACUGGCUCAAGAGGCUGCUGACGCCGCUGUUCCUGAUCGACGUCCUGACGUGGGCGCCGUCGCUCGUGGAGCUCGUCGUGAUGCUGGUCCGCGGCGCGCCGGCAGUGGCGCCCACGCUGGCGCUGGGGUGGUUCGACCUGCGCUGGCUGCGGAUGUUCCGCGCGCUCGCGGUGCUCCGACGACUCACGCUCGCGGGCGAGCUGCGCACCGUGCACCUCGCCAGCGUCGGGCAGUUCAACGCCUUCCUCGCCAAGGUGGCCCAAGCGCGUCUGGUGCAGCUCGCGGGCACCAUCCUGGUGCUGCUGUUCACCUCAGCGUGCGUCGUGCAGGCGAUCGAGGGCAUCCCCUGGGUCGACGCGCUGUACUUCUGCACGACCACCCUGACGACCGUCGGCUUCGGCGACCUCGCGCCCGUCACCCCGCUCGGCAAGGCCGCCGUCAUGGGCAUCAUGGCCGUCGGCGUCGUGCUCAUCCCCGUGCAGGCCUCGCAGCUCUACGCGACGUGGUCGAGCCGCCGGAUGCGCCUCGGGACGCUCCCGCGGUCCGGCGAGCCGCGCGUGAUCGUGUCGACGCGCCUCUCGGACGUCCGCGGCUUCUCGGACUUUUUCACGGAGUUCUUCCACGAGAUUCAGGCGGGGCGCAGGUUCCACGCGCGGGACAAGCGGUACGACAUGUCGGACCUGUCCGGGAUGAUUCCGCGGCUCGCGGAGGCCGGGCUGGACCUGGGCCGCGCGCUGCGGCUGGUGGUGGUGUGCAACAAGCCCACGCAGUUCGAGUUCCGGGCGUUCCAGGAGCUGCAUGCGCGGCGGCUGUCGUUCGUCGAGGGCAGCGUGCUGAGCGAGGCGGACCUCGACAUGCUGCAGGUGCAGAGCGCGACGGCGGUGCUGCUGCUCGCCGACCGCUUCGCCAGCAACCCGACAGUCGAGGACCAGAGUCUGCUCUUCCAAGUCUGGGCCAUCAAACAGUACACCAGCGAGGUCCCCGUGUUCGUCCAGACCAUGGAGCAGCGCACGUGCGACCAGAUCCGCCAGUUCCUCGACCCCGAGCGCGACACCGCCGUCUCCUUCCAGGAGCUCCGUUUCAUCCUCCUGUCCCUCACGACCCUCUGUCCGGGCGCCAGCACCCUCCUCGGGAACCUCUGCCGCUCCAACGAGCCCUCGAACCCGCUGCACAAGGUCAAGCAGCGCUCCGGGCGCCUCUCGGGCCUCCGGUGGCUGCGCGAGUACGCGGACGGCGCCAAGCAACGGCUACUCACCGCGCCGCUCAACGAGUCGUACAACGGCGUGCAGUUCGUCGAGAUGGCCGAGUUCAUCCUGCGCGAGCGCGGCGUCCAGGUCAUCGGGAUCGCGUCCGCGCCGCCGCUCGACGCCGUCCUCCUCAACCCCGCACAGCUGACCCUGCGCGGCGACGAGUUCGCAAUCCUGAUCGCGCGCAGCGAGGACGACGCGCUCGCGGCGUGCAGCCUGCCGUUCGUGAAGAAGGAGAAGCCGAAGGGCGACAAGGACGGCAAGGCGGACGACAAGGCGAUGGAGCGGGAGCGGGAGCGGGAGCGGGAGCGGCGGCGCAGGGCGCGGGCGAGGAGGAGCGAGGAGGGGGACGAGGACGAGAAGCCGACGAUGAUCGUCGCGCCGCCCGUGUCGAUCGCGGGGCUCACGGACGACCCGCUGCCGGCCACGCCCGAGGAGGAGGAGACGUCGAUGCAGCAGCAGGACCGCGAGAAGGCGAUCCGGACGCUCCGGCGGCUGUCGCUGGAGACGGAGACGGGGCAGAAGGCGGUGUUAGGCACGGAGGACUCGGCCGACCUGACGGUGGCCGAGGAGGUCAAGCAGCUGAAGAAGGACCUCGCGGGGGCGCAGAUCGACCCGAUCAUCGUCGACGCGCUGCUCGAGGACAUCGAGGAGGACCAGAGCAUGCGCCGCGCCGCCGUGCGCAGCAAAGUGGGGCUCACCGACCACGUGAUCGUCGCGGGGCACGUCGAGUCGAUCCUGCCGUUCGCGCGCACGCUGCGCGAGUGCUCGCCCGCGGGCGAGCCGCACAUCCUCGUUCUGGCCCCGGCGCUCCCGGCAGACAUCGUCGCGGGCCUCGAGGACCUCGGCAACGUGACGGUGCUGCGCGGGCACCCGACGAAGCCGUCCGACCUGACGCGCGCGAGCGUGUCGAAGGCGCGCGGCACGAUCUUCCUCUCCGCGACCCGCCGCGUCACGACGGGGUCGUCGUCCACGUUUGGCAACACAGCGUGGCGGCAGACGGUGCUCGCCGACGGUGACGCGCUGCUCACGUGCUACGGCGUCGGGCGCGCCAUGGUCAAGGCGAACGCCGUCGCGGAGCUGUGCUACACCUCGUCCGUGCGCUUCCUGCAGCCCGGGACGCUCCUGUCGGUCCGCGAGGAGUCCUUCGAGCCGUACGACCCCGCGGACCCGGCCGUCGGCGGCGCGAGGAGGCGCCGGGACGAGGGCGAGAAGCCGCGCGUGUCGUGGCGCGUGAAGCAGGCGAUGGAGCGCGGCGGCGCCCAGGAGGGCCUGGCGUCGUGGCAGGUGAACCCGUUCUUCGUGUCGGGGCGCGUGACGGUGCCGGCGGUGCUGGACGCGAUCUGCGUGCAGGCCGCGUUCAACCAGGGCAUGGUGAUGGACGUGAUGGAGGAGCUCGCGGGGUCCGGUCCGGAGUUCGGCGGCAGUUUGUUGCGCUGCGUGGAGGUCCCUGAGGCGCAGGUCGGGAAGACGUACGGGGAGCUGGCGGCCUACAUGCUGCUCCGGCGGCGCAUGGUGCCGCUGGGGCUGUACCGCAAGAAGCUCGAGAACACGGAGUGGGUCCUCCCGUACGUGUGCACCAACCCCCCCACCGACACCGUCGUCGUGGAGUCGGACCGCGUGUUCGUGCUGCGCGAGCGCCGCGGAGCCUGGAUCUUCUGA